AUGUCGAACCCGGAAAAUUACACAGUUGGUUGGAUCUGUGCCAUCAGCACCGAGCGUGUCGCCGCCGAAGCUUUUCUAGACGAGAAGCACGAAAGUCCUGAAGAUGUUUCUGUCCAUGAUAACAAUGACUACGCUCUGGGGAGAAUGGGAAGACACAACGUGGUCAUUGCCGUCCUACCUGACGGCGAGUAUGGAACAGCUUCUGCAGCUACUGUUGCGAGAGAUAUGUUGCACACCUUUCCGAAUAUUAGAAUUGGCUUGAUGGUGGGCAUUGGCGGUGGUGCACCAAGUGCCGACCACGACAUCCGCCUGGGCGACAUUGUUGUCAGCGCGCCUCGUAACGGCAAAGGAGGUGUAUUCCAAUAUAACUUUGGGGAAACGAUGCAGGAUCAAGCAUUCCAACAAACCGGAUUCUUAGACCAGCCACCAAUAAUCUUAAGGACGGCCAUCGCCGGGCUUAAAGCGCAAUACGAGGCUGAGGGUCAUGAGUUUGAAGAAACGAUUGAUGGCAUUCUUGCCAAAAAGCGAAGGCUUCAGAAGAAUUAUAGACGGCCAGACCCGAGUAGUGAUAAUUUAUUCCAAAGCGAAAUAGUCCAUCCGCCAGAUGGAAGAAGCUGUGCAGCGGUUUGCCUCGAUAAUCAGACCAAUUUACAGCCUCGACAUAAACGAACAGAGGACGAUGAUAAUCCAACAAUUCACUAUGGCACCAUCGCUUCGGCAAACCAAUUAAUAAACAAUGCGAAGUUGAGGGACAGGCUUGCAGCCGAGAAUAAUGUGCUAUGCUUUGAUACGGAGGCUGCAGGGUUAAUGAAUCACUUUCCUUGUCUGGUCAUCCGAGGAAUUUGUGACUACUCAGACUCGCACAAAAAUUCAGAUUGGCAUGGUUAUGCGGCAAUGACGGCUGCUGCAUACGCCAAAGAUCUUCUCAUCCGAAUACCCCCCAGGAAAAUUGAGUCUGAAAAAAGGAUCACUGAUAUAAUCAUGAGAGUUGACGAAAAGAUCACUGAAGUCGAUGAAAAAAUAAAUGAUAUCAGCCAAAGUCUCAUGUUUAUCAAGCUUCCAGUUGCGGAAGGGGCUGCAUUUGACUCCCACGCCGAAGAGCACAACCCGACUUGCUUACCAGAUACGCGAGUUGAGUUACUCCAACAUAUCGUGAGCUGGACUCAAGAUCCAAGCGCCAAGUCCAUUUUCUGGCUAAAUGGGAUGGCUGGAACAGGAAAGUCAACUAUUUCACGCACCAUCGCCAAAUCUCUUGUCAGAACCGGUCAUCUAGGCGCCAGUUUCUUCUUCAAGAGAGGCGAGGGCGAUCGGGGAAGCUCGACAAAGCUAUUCACAACUAUAGCCGCUCAACUGGCCAUAAUGCAAACCGAAAUCGGGACUCAUGUCAAGGAUGCAGUCAAAUCAAAUUCUGACAUCGGCAACAAAGGGCUACGAGAACAGUUUAACGAGCUCAUCUUACAGCCUCUAUCCAAGGUUCCUCCAGAUCAGAGAAAAUCAGUCUUUAUCGUUAUAGUCAUCGAUGCCCUAGAUGAGUGUGACCUAGAAGAUGACGUUAAACUUAUCAUCCGUCUCUUCAAUCAUGACAAAAGAUUGGGGCUAAGAAUCUUUCUCACUAGUCGGCCGGAGCUCCCAAUUCGUCUAGGAUUUUCUGCAAUCCAAGGAGUAUUUCAAGACGUAAUUCUUCAUGAGAUAUCUGAGCCUGUGAUUCAGCAUGAUUUAUCGGUUUUGAUAAAACAUGAGCUACAGAUAAUUCGAGACAACUAUAAUAACACAGUGCAAGGAUAUCGACAGUUGAAGAGAGACUGGCCUGGCCAAUCCAGUAUUGAUACUAUGGUUAAGAUGGCAGUUCCGCUUUUUAUUUUUGCCGCCACUAUAUGUCGGUUUCUUGCCGACCGCAAAUGUGGCAACCCUGAUGAUCAACUUCGCAAGGUCCUAGAAUAUGAAACCAAAAGCCAAGAGUCUAAACUCGACGCGACCUAUCUACCUGUCCUUAAUCAACAGAUCGCCGGGCUUACUGCAAAGGAGCGAAACGAAGUGUUGCAGCAGUUCAAAUACAUUGUUGGCAGCAUUGUGCUCCUGGCAAGUCCUUUAUCGACAUCCAGUCUAUCACAGCUCCUAGAAAUUUCUAUGGAUGUCAUUGAUACAAGAUUAGAUAUGCUUCAUUCCGUCUUAAGUAUACCGCAGUCAUCUGAGACUCCAAUAAGACUCCUGCAUCUAUCUUUUCGCGACUUCCUUGUUGAUCCUGAGAAGCAAGGGCUGAACCCGUUUUGGAUCGAUGAAGCAGAGACUCAUGCAAAAAUAACAGACAACUGUCUGCAAGUCAUGAAAGGGUUCCUUCGAGAAGACAUGUGUAGCUUACGAUUACAGGGACUGGAAAGUUCCACAGUUGACCGUGAAAAGGCAGCUACAUGUAUUCCUGCCGCGAUCCAGUAUGCAUGCUUAAAUUGGGUAUUCCACCUUCAAGGAGCAAAUUAUGGGGUCGAAAACCAUGCAAAAGUACUUCAAUUCCUGGAAGAACAUUUUUUACAUUGGGUUGAGGCAUUGAGUCUGAUACAGAAAACACCAGAGAGUGUUAAGAUGAUUGCAAGCUUACAAGGACUUAUACCGAUGAAGAGUAACAAGCAGCUCUCUGGAUUUUUAUAUGAUGCUCUGCGUAUCCUUCAGUCAAAUUUACAACUAAUUGCCAGUGCACCCCUUCAGAUUUAUUCUUCAGUCCUUCUAUUUGCCCCGAGCGAGAGUAUCGUGAGAAACCUGUUCAAGGAGAGAAUGCUCAAGUGGAUAUCCCUCGAACCGAAAGUAGAGCGCAGUUGGAGCCAAUGCAUCAAGACACUGGAGGGUCAUCAGGGUUGCGUUAGUUCCGCGGUCUUCUCUCCCAACUCAUCGCUUAUAGCAUCGGCGUCAAAAGAUAAAACUAUUCGACUAUGGAAUGUUAAUACCGGCGAAUGUAUUGAAGAAUUCAAGGGCCAUAGCGAAAGCGUUAAGUCGGUGGUCUUCUCGCAUGAUUCUUUAUCUGUGCUAUCAGGCUCACAGGAUACGACUGUCCGUCUGUGGUGCAUUGAUACGGGUGAAUGCGUCCAUACAUUCGAGGGCCAUAAUUCCUCAGUUAUAUCCGUGGCUUUUUCGCGUGAUUCGUCAUUUGCAGCAUCAGCAUCAUCGGAUAAUGUUAUCCGGCUAUGGCGUGUUGACACGAGCGAGUGUGUCCAUAUACUGGGCAUUCCGGGUAAAGAUGGUGAUCAUCAGAUCUCUUCAUCAUCCUCAGAAGAUGGAACUAUUCGGCUAUGGCACAACAACUCAGAUAACGAUGUCCAGAAAUUCGAUGACUAUAGCAAUAAGGUUCUCCCGCUACAGCGUUCCGAAACAAGCAGCAACAUCCAAGAAACUACAGGGCAUAGCGAUUUCAUAGGUAAUAUGACCGUUUCUCACGACUCAUCGCUCGUGGCAACGUCUUCAUACGACGGCACCAUCCGAAUAUGGCACGUUGAGACAGGAGACUGCGUACGAGAACUCAGGGGAUGGCGUGUGUCUCGGGAUUCUCUGCAAGAAGAAUCGCUUAUGGAGCAUUAUCACAUCAUUUUCUCACAUGAUUCAGCAUAUCUGGCUAUCGGUACACUCUACGAAAAUUGUCUCUGGAUAUGGAAUGUUAGUACAGACGAGCGUGUCCACGAGCUCUUAUAUGACGGGUACACGCCUGAGUUUUUGGCUUUCUCACACGAUUCAUCACUUAUAGCAUCGUCUUCAAAAGAUAUGAUCCAGUUGUGGAGCGUCAACACGGGCGAGUGUAUCCGCAAAAUCAUGAGGGGCGAAUUUUCCUUUAUCGUGGUGGCCUUCUCGCAUGACUCAUCACUCAUCGCAUCAAGCUCUGUUGACGGCGCCAUCCAGUUAUGGCGUACGAAUACUGGCGAGUGUGUUCACGAAUUUCACACGCUCAGAGGCGGCAUAAAGGAUAUGUCAUUUACACCUGAUGGUUUACAUCUGGUAACAGAAUUCGGGGCGCUUAUUACGCUCCGUGAGCAAAUUAUCCGUUUUGAUGGCUAUGGAUUCAACAAAGAUUACUCGUGGAUUACAUGGAAUGGCGAUAACCUGAUCUGGGUACCUAUAGAAUAUCGGCCGUCCGGCGGGGCGAGUUUGGAUUAUGAGGUUUUCGGCAUAUCCUCAUUCUGA